AUGUUACUUUCAAGAUACGCAAUCCUCUCAUGGCUCGCCUCAGUGGCGGUGGCUGCCCCGAACCCCCCAGCAGCAGCACCUGCUCAGUGCGAGCCCAAGACCGAGACCAUCGUACACACGGUUCAUGUACCGACAACAGUCCACGAGGUCAAGACGGAGACCGUACACGUCACGGUGCCGGGAGAGAAGGAAGUCGUUCAUGUCACAGUCCCUACCACAAUACAUGAAGUCAAGACCGAGGUCAAACACUUGACACAGACGGAAGUCAAACACGAAAUCAAGACGGAAGUCAAGCAUGUAACCGUCACCGCACCGCCCGAGACGAAAACCGAAGUCAAGCACGAGGUUAAGACUGAGGUGAAGCACGUCACUAUCACCGCUCCUCCGCAGGUAGUCAAGGAGACGAUCACCAAGAAAGAGGAGGUCAAGGUCACUGUUCCGGUACACGUGACACAGACGGUCCCGGUACAUAUCACCCAAACCGAAACUGCGGUGCACACUGUCGUCCAGACUGCGCCUCCCGUUGUCCAUACCGUUGUCGAGACCAAGAAGGAGGAAGUCAAAGUCACGGUUCCGGUGCACAUCACCCAGACCGAGACAGCCAUCCAUACGGUUGUCCAAACGGCGCCUCCCAUUGUUCACACCGUCACUUCCGAGCGCAUCGUCUCUGCGCCUCCCGUUACUCAACAUGUUACCAAGGAGGUUCCUGUUGAGAAGAUUAUCACGCAUGUGGCCACCGUCGUCCAGACUCUGCCGCCUGUCGUUCACACGGUGGUUCAAACCGCACCUCCUCUCGUCCACACAAUCACCCAGGUGGCCACUGAGACCCUCCACAUUACCCUACCCCCUCAAGUCGUCACCUCCGAACGAGUUGUCUCCGCGCCUCCUGUCACUCACGAAAUCACCAAGGAGGUUCCCGUGGAAAAGAUCAUCACUCACACUCUGCCACCCGUUGUUCACACGGUAGUGCAAACUGCUCCGCCUGUCGUUCACACCGUCAUUGAGACCGCUCCGCCUGUCGUCCACACAGUUGUCGAGACAGCUCCUCCUCUCGUCCACACCGUCGUCCAGACCGCUCCUCCUCUCGUCCACACAAUCACCCACGCGGUCACCGAGACGGUCCACGUCACUCUGCCUCCCCAAGUUGUUACCUCUGAGCGAGUUGUCUCUGCUCCUCCCGCUCCUCCCGUGACCCACGAAGUCACCAAGGAGCUGCCGGUUCACGUCACCCAGGUCGUGACCAAGGAGCUCCCGAUCGAGAAGAUCAUCACCCACGUCGCCACAGUCGUCCAGACCCAGCACGCAGUGCAAACCGUCACUCUCCCUCCUCACGUGGUAAAGGAGACAGAGACGGUACACGUCACCCUUCCUCCCCAUGUGGUCAACGAAACCGUUCACGUCACUCUUCCUCCCCACGUCGUCAAGGAAACAGUGCACGUCACCCUGCCUCCUCACGAGGUCAAGGAGACCGUGACGCUCCCGCCGCAUACCGUCCACCAGGUUGUCCAUGUCACGCAAGUAGUCAGCCACUGCGCUACGACCGUGACAGCCGGAGCCGGCCACGCUGCCUCUCCUCCUCCGGCAGCACACCCCAUGCCUCCGCCCGCUCACGAGGCCGCGCCACCGGUCCAUACUAUGGCGCCUCCCCCGGUGCAACAUACCCCGCCACCGGCGGUGCAUACCAUGGCCCCUCCGGCCCAGCACACUACUCCCGCAGCGGCACAACCCGCGCCAUCUGCGCCGCCAGCUCAUCAGAUGCCCCCGGCUCACGUCGCUCCCCCGGCCGAGGCCAUGCCCGCCCAUCCUCCGGCCGAGACACCGGCUGCCCCUCCCGCUCACCAAGCGCCGGCGACUCCUCCCGCACAUGAGGCUCCCGCAGCUGAGAAGCCCGAGAAGAAGCCCGCUGAGAAGCCUGAGGAGAAGCCCGCCGAAAAGCCUGAGGAGGCCGAGAAGCCCGCCGAAGAGAAGAAGCCUGCCGCGGAUAAGCCCGCCGAAGAGAAGCCCGCUGAGCCUGCAAAGCCAAUGAUGAGGUUCAUGCGGCGUAGAAUUUAA